UUAGACGUACAAGAGCUAAUUCUUGUUGCACACUUUAGAAAAUAAGAAUAAAUGCGCUGUAUUUAUUAUGACUCAAUGCUUCCUGCAUUGUCUGUAAAUUUGGAGAUAGAACAUUACUAACAGUAACGGGAAAAAAUCGAAGUGCUUUAAAUGUCAAGGACAACAAUAAGCAUAACAAAACGUACAACAAAUACAACAACACUCACACUAGAACAGGUGCCACAAAGUCAACACAAGACACAAAUUUGUUGAAUAUUAAAACGAAUGUAAGGACAGUUUGGUAACAGUAAAUCAUGUCCAAUAAUCCGGCAUUUGCAACAGCUGUCCAAAAGCCGCCAAAUAACAGCAACUGCAGUGCUAGCAAAAUAAAUGGCGAUAUAAAAGCCGGUACUAAUCCAACUGCCGCCCACACAUCCCUCGAUGUAAGCGGAGGGGGCCCAACGGCAGGCGCUGCGAAUGUCAAGCAAAUGCCCACGCCGGAUGAGGUGGACAGUCCGCUAUGGCUAUCAUCGCUGCAUAGCGUUAUCUUUAUUAUAACAUGUGCUUUAGCCGCAUUUAUACUGUUUCGGAAUGUUCUCACCUGGCAUUUGCAGAGCUUCUGGGGCGCCUCCGGAGACUUCUGGCAGUCGCAAUGGGACAAGUUUAUUGACAAGUUUGGCGAUGAUCCCAUGAUGUUAUGGGUCUUUGGCACAACCAUUUUCACAAUGAUUGUCUACUGGAGUGUGGGCGGCAUAUAUACAUUUAUGGAUCUGACCAAUCGACCAGCCUGCCUGCGUAAAUAUAAAAUUCAGCCAGGCACCAAUGAGCCCGUCGAAACCGCCCGUUUGCUAAAGGUCAUUUGGCGAGUCAUCUGCAAUCAAAUCUUUGUGGGCAUACCGCUGGCAUUUCUCAGCUAUAAACUGAUGUCGGUCCGUGGCUUGAGUAACAUCAGGGAGCUACCCACAUUCCAUUGGGUCUGCUUUGAACUUACCGUUUGCAUAUUGAUGGAGGAGCUGGGCUUUUACUAUUCGCAUCGCCUGCUACAUCACAAGCACAUAUAUAAAUUUAUCCAUAAGCAGCAUCAUGAGUGGACUGCGCCGAUAUCUGUGACUGCUAUCUAUUGCCAUCCUAUAGAGCAUAUAUUUAGCAAUCUAGUGCCGCCAUUUUUGGGCGUAUUCCUUAUGGGUAGUCAUGUGGCCACCGCCUGGAUGUGGUUUGCAUUGGCCAUACUAUCAACACUCAAUGCACACUCUGGCUAUCAUUUGCCAUUCUUUCCCAGCCCCGAGGCCCAUGACUUUCAUCACUUAAAAUUCAACAACUGCUUUGGCGUGUUGGGCGUGCUUGAUCGCCUGCAUGGCACUGAUUCGCUAUUCCGUGCCACAAAAUCCUAUGCGCGCCACAUAAUGAUGCUUAGCUUUGUGCCCCCCCGUGAUGCCUUUCCCGACUCUACCAUGAACAUUUCAAUAAUUAAUUGUGAUAAAAUGCAGGCGAGCAGCAAAAUCGAGUAACGAUUUUUAUAACUAAUUCUCAACAGAAACCCAUGCAAAGCAAGAAAUGAAUUGUUAAAAUGAAUAUCAUAAACCAAAUUUAUGUAAAUGUGAGAGAAAAGAAAAAGUAGUUAAGUAGUGUAGUUAAUAUAUUGAUGUACGUUUGA